UGUAAGAUUGAGGUGUAAACUUUGGCAUGCGCGUUAAGUUAAAAAAUUCUGAUAUAUUUUGAUUUAUUUUAUUUCUAAAGUCAUAUAAUUAAUUUUUUUACGUACAACACAAUAAAUAUGGAAAUAUAUAAAUUUAAUUAAUAAUAAAUCUGAAACAAUAUUUAAAUAUUAGGAAUUGAAUAUUACAUUUAUUUAUAUUUUCUAACCUCAUUCUUAAUCACACUAAUUAAAGCUUAUAAUAAAUGAUAGUAAAAUAAAUGUAUGAAGUUUAUAUCGUAUGCUUAUUAAAUCUACUAAUUUAAAAAGAAGAUAAAAAAACAGUAUGGAUAGGGGUUUUAAACAAAUAUUAUGGAUGUCAUGGACUUUACGAAGUCGAACUUUAUUUUUAAAUUAUACAAUACGAAGUAGAAUUACUCAAAAUACUUUGCAGAGUUAUUGGAACUCUCCUAAAGAAAUUUAUAGGUCCGUAAAACUGGAGCCAAUAAAAAAAAUAAUACUAGAGUCAUGUACAAUUUCUUCAAUAAAUGCUACAAAUAUUUUAGAUUAUAUUAGUAAUCAGUAUCCAAAUAUGGACUUGAAAGAUAUAUUGGAUAUACUAACGAUAUUAGCAAGAAUAGUCAGUGAGGAUGGAAAACAAUUUAAUUUAAAAGAUCAUAAAGGAUUUAAAAUUUUAUGUAAUAAAUUACAAGAACAAAUAAGAAUUAUGAAUGUAUCCGAUGCUAUACAAGUAAUAAAAUUACUGAGCUUUCUUGAUAUACCAGCAUCUACAAUGAUAAUACAAAGUCUUCUGCAAAUUAUAAGAAAUUCUGUAAAUGAACUGGACAUACAUCAAAUACAUUUAUUAUUAAUUAUAUUGAGAAAAAUGGAACAAACUACAUUAUCAUCUGCACUACUGAUAGCAUUACCUAUACUAAUUCCAAAUAUUUUAACAACAAAACUUGAUUAUUUAGAUUUGAAAGAAUUGUCUUUAGCCUUAUUGUAUAUAAAAUAUGUAGAAAAAAAAGAUUUAGUUAAAAAAAUCUAUAAGAGUAUAGAAUCAUUAGUAAUGAAUAAUUCUAGAAAUGUUCCAGUAUCUACUCUUAAAUAUAUAUUUAUUUCUUUGUGCGGAUUAUCAAAUAAAAACAAAUUUGUAAAUGAAAAUUUCAAGACAAUGGAAGUAAUACGUGAAGCACUUUUUCACAAAAUAAAUCAAUUGACGCCAUCAGAUAUUCUAGAAUGUUUAAAUGAAAUAUCUAAAAAUGUAAUAGAAGGGGAAAUGAUACCUUAUAGUUAUAAUACUAUCUUCAUCAAUGAAUUAUUGAAUGUUGCAAUAAGUAAAAAUAUGGAUUUUCUAACAUGUUUUUAUAUUGCAAAAUAUUUAAAUAGUAUAUCUUAUAUUUAUUUACCAUUCAUAGAAUUUAUGAUAAAUGAACAUUUAAAAGAGGAUGUUAUAAAGGAAAUGCGUCCAUCUAACAUUAAAGAAAUUUUACAUACAUUAUCUAAUGCUGAAUAUCAGUCAGUUCCUUGGAUUAUCCUAGAGAAUAAAUUUUUAGAUGUGACAUUUCUAAAGAAAUGCACAAUUCAAAUACUACUUAAAUAUGCGGUUGAUUUAACAGCAUUAAAUAAAUAUUAUCCAAAAAUAUUGUCAAUAAUUUUUAGUACGAUAGAUACAAAAGUGUUAAAUUCCUUUAGUGAUCUGGAUAUUAAAAGAUUGUUGAUUUUGUAUCAAAGUGUAAAAGCAUUAUAUCCAGAUUAUAUGGGUCCUUGGCUUGGUAAAAGUGAACUUUAUAAAAUACAUAAUGUAUCAGAUCAAAAAUCCAGUAAUGAGUUAAAAAUAACUCUAGAAAAAGCAAUGGGAGGUUCUCAAUAUGUUUUAAGCAAUUUGAAAACAAAACUAGGACAUAAAAUUAAUUAUGCUAUAAUUAUGCGACAAGGCGGAUUUCCCAUUGCAUUUAAUACGAGUAAUUCUAAUAUUCUUGCAAAGUAUACUUACCUUGUUGAAGAAUUGGAGUGUACAGAAGAAAAUUGUGUUAUUAUACUUAUAAUUGAAUUUCCUUCUAUUGCAUAUUCUAUUAAUACUCAACAAUUGUUGGGUGUUUGGAACGUACAAGUAAAAACUAUAGAAAAAUGUACUGGAUAUAGUUGUAUUCCAAUAAAUGUAAAAGUUUGGUCUAAUCUAUUACCACAUGAAAGAAUUACAUAUAUUAUGCAAAACAUAAAAAAUAAAUGUCCUGAAAUUAUGUUAUCAACGUAAUAAUAACAAUGAUUUCAAAAGCAAA